CGAAGAUAUAAUGUUACAUUAUGUGCAGACUUACUAGGUACAGAUACAGUUUCAAGCGCAACAAUUAUCUCAAAUAGCAAACGUUUAACACCGAUAUACAUAUGCAUCUGUUGGGGCCUCUCACAAACUGUUUAAAAACUAUUUAUGGCAUGAAUUUAGUAAAUAAAUAAAUUGAUUUCAAAAAUAUUAUUUACUGUGAUAUUAACAUCGUAGUUGUUUUCCAUACUUCUUACCAUCUACUACAGUGAAAGUGUAUCGAAAACACCACUGACUACUUCAGUCCAGUGCCAUGAAAUUAACCAAAGAAGGCAGAUCGACUGCGAAAUUUGUGUAAUUUUGACCCAUAGACGAUUUGAAAUGAUGGGAUUAUCGAAAAUUGCCUUCUUGGUCUUCACGAUCACUCAAACGUUUCAUUUUUCACAAGCAACGAGAUGCAUGGAAGAAGUUAAUUACCACGAAGAUUAUUCCUACGGUUUCGACAUUCGUUGUGAAAAUCUUCAUUCUCAGAAUGUCAACGAGUUGCAAUUUAUAAACGUUUACAAUGCAAUUAAACUCACCAUCUUCAAUUCGAACAUUACUAUUGAAACAAAGCUUUUCAAUAACAUUCCCAGAAUUCGGGAAAUUGUUAUAACGAGUUCGGUUCUAACGUUUGAAAACAACAAUGGCACUACAUCGUUUAGUAAUUUGGAAUACCUCGAAAUUCUUAAUCUUAGUAGUAACAGCCUCAAGAAGAUUCCAUCUUAUGCGUUUAAAUCGCUCAAGAAUUUAAAGGGCCUGAUUCUUUCUAAUAACUUUCUCAAUAAAAUCGAAACUGAUACGUUCAAAGACUUGAGCAGUUUGGAAACGUUAGAUUUAAGUAACAAUACCUUCAAGAACUUAAACGAAAUCCCAUUAUGUGAAAUAUCCAAUUUAAAAACUCUUCGAUUGCCCAAUAACCACCUGGAAGACAUCAGUAGUUCAUGUUUAACUUCGAUGGACUCCAUUGAAACUUUGGAUUUAAAAUUCAACAAGAUUAAACAUCUUCCUAACUUUUCCCAUUUCCGAUUCAUUAUCAAUAUCUUUUUGGAAAACAACGAAAUAGAAGAUUUAGACACAAGUUUAAGUUCGGUGAGAAGUCUCCAACAUCUCAAUCUUCAAAACAACAAAUUACAACGCCUUACAGAAAAGAAUUUGAAAGAAAUGAAGAACUUAGCUACACUGAAUUUGGGAAAUAAUUCUAUAACAGAGAUAACAGAUACAACGUUUUCUCAUAAUCCAGGUCUAUUGAGUUUAAACUUGGAAAACAACCGGCUGUUUAGUUUACGCGUAGGAAAUAUGUCAAGCUUAGAAGAACUGGUUGUGUCUCACAAUAGAUUUACGAAUAUCGUUCAGAACGACCUGAAAAAUGUAAAGAAAUUAAAAACCCUUCACCUAAGCAACUGCAGUAUAGAGAACAUCGAAAAGAAUUCAUUCAAAGAAAUGAACAAACUAGAACUUUUAGAUUUAUCAUACAACAGUUUACAAUUAUACGACAAACUAUUCGAUGGUUUAAAGGAACUUAAAACACUUGAUCUUCGCAACAACAGUCUUAACAAUCUUCCAACAAACUUGUUUCAAGACACUCCAAAGCUGAAACUUCUUGACAUGUCUCAUAACAGACUCGUCAAAUUAAGUGACAUUGAGUUUUCGAAGUUGAAAACUUUGGAAAAACUAAACUUAUCAUUCAAUGCCCUUAUAGAUAUCGACGAAGCGAUAUUGAAACCAUUGAUUGGUCUAAAAAUAAUCGAUUUGGAACGAAAUCAACUAACGUCUAUUGAUUAUGAGUUUAUACUGCAGGAAUUGUUCAAUUUGAGAACUCUUAACGUAAAAGGUAACAAAUUCUCUUGUGAAUUUUUAUCAAAAAUGAUAACGUUCUUCCAUCAAAAGAGCGUGAAGUACACAGUUCACACGGCUAAAACUCAAGACGAAGAAAAUGUUGGAGGCAUUCAUUGUCAAGAAAACAUGCUUCAGCCCAUGAACAAAACGUUGAGUCAUGCUGAGAGUAUUUUGGUCAACGACAGUACCGUUCUUAAAGAGAUUUACAGUAUCACCAAAGACGAUAGUGCUAAAAUGAACGUGUGGUUGUUAACUAUUAUUUUGUUGGUUUGUUUGUUGUUUAUUAUUAUCGGUAUUCUGUCUUAUCGUUUGUACUUUUUCAUCAAAAGACGCAACUACAUCUCGGAAGAAUUCGAACUUCUUGAAGGGAAACCGUAAUAGUUUUAAGGGCGAGGAACAUGACAUCGUGGUGGAAACUAGAACUAAUUUUUUAUAAACUUUUU